AUGUCUACGAGAAGAUGUCGCGGCGGUGUCUGCCGCAUUGUCGCCCGGAGAAAGUGUGCAUCAACACAGAUCCGCCAACGACUGGACUAUAUCAUGCCCAUGACCGUUGCGCCGACCCAGAAAGCUACCACUGCCCGGGAUAACAAUACCACUGCAAAUUCAACGGAGUCCGACGCCAGUACUCCAGAUACGAGCGGAGGAGGGGAGGUUGGGCAAGUCGAGUCUGCUGAUGAGGAAGGAACUGACAAGACAAGCGAUACUGACCUGAUAGGGCGGGAGUAA